AUGGCCGAUGAUGAUUUAACAAAACAAUGGGAAAAACUACACUUGUCAACGGAAGAAACAACUGUUGUUCAGUUCAAGAUUGAAGGUGCACACACAAACAACUCUAUCCAAGGAAAGCUAUGCAUCAUUGGUAGAGUCCUCUCUGAAAGAGGAGUAAAUAACAAAGCUUUCAGAUCUACUAUGUCAAAGAUAUGGAGGCUAGAAGGUUGGAUCUGCUUCAAGGAUCUGAAUGAACAAUGCUUCCUCAUAGAAUUCCAAAGUAAAAAAGAUAAAGAUAAGGUUCUGAGUGGGAGGCCGUGGUGUUUCGAUAGAAAUCUCUUAACCAUACAAGAGGUGGAUGAAUCGAUGUCUAUCAAUGUAGUUAACUUCCAAUAUGAACCGUUUUGGGUCGAGUGUUAUAAUGUUCCUCUGGCAGCUAUGAAUGAAGGGAUAGGGAUACAGAUUGGGGAAAGCAUUGGUCGUGUAAUAAGAGUAGAUGCUAAUUCAGACGGAUCUACGUGGGGCUGCUGCCUUCGAAUCAGGGUGGCUAUCGAUCUUCACAAACCUCUUCUACGAGGAAGAGUCUGUGUAAGACCAUACUUUGAAGCACAACGUGAAGAAAAACAACAACUGCAAUUUGGUCCGUGGCUCAGGGCCCAGCCAAUGAACACUUCAAUCUUUGACAAACGUAAAUAUGGGGGUAACCUUUACAACAUAAAUAGAGAGCAUAAUGUAUAUGGUAGUAAAGAAGGGUACAGUUAG